AUGAGCGAGCGCGCCUUUCAGUUAGCGUGGGCAGGUGUCUCCUCUUCAGACGAAGACCCUGAAGCAGAAACACAGCCGCUGCUGCUGCCUCCACGCCGCCGCAGCAGCAGCAGCAAAACCGUAGCUGCUGCAACAGGAACCACCACCAACAGCAGCAGCAGCAGCAGCAGCAGCAGCGCUCCGGUGUACGGUGGGUAUGAGGCCGCAGCGGAGCUUUGGUGUGCAGACCCUGAUGCAGAGACCCAGCUAACCCCAGAAGGUGCAGCAGCAGCUGCUGCUGCUGCAGCAGCUGCUGCUGCUGCUACUGCUGCUGCUGCUGGGCUGUCUGUAGAGAGCAGCUCUUUCUUUGAAGCGAUAGACGGACUGAUAGAAGCUGAAGAGGGUCUUAUUAAGGUUUUUGAGUUGCAGCAAACACAGCCAGGGAGACAAGCAGCCGCAGCAGCAACAGCAACAGCAACAGCAGCAACAACUCCUCCAGCUGCAGAUCCGGUUGACGCUGUGCCUGCUGCUGCUGGUGCUGUCUCAGGUGCAGCAGAGGGUGAUGAAGGGGCUGCUGCUGCUGCUGCUGGGUUUAGUAGCGAGACGGCAGCAGCAGCAACAACAACAGCAGCAGCAGCAGCAACAGAGAGCCGCGAUGACGGCACGUGGGGAGAUGCUUUUGCGGGCUGCUGGAGAGCAGGGAGAUUGGCUGCUGCUGCUGCUGCUGCAGCAGCAGCACCGUGCAGCAGCAGGUGGUCUCAGCCGUGGGAGUCAGAUACUUCUCCUGCUUCAGUCACACCCGUUAAGACGCAACCCCUGCAGCAGCAGCAGCAGCAGCAACAGCAGCAGCUACAACAGCAGCAACAGCAGCAACAGCAGCAGCUACAGCAGCAGCAGCAGCAACAACAACAACAACAACAACAACAACAGCAACAGCAGGGAGAGCAGCAGCAGCUACAGCAGCAGGGAAGGCAGCAGCACCUGCACCAAGAGCAGCUGCAGCAGCAACAGCAGCAGGCGCAGCAGAUACAGCAACCCCAUGCUUGGCUUCAGCACACUACCCAGCAGCAGCAUCAUCCGCAGCAGCAGCAACAACAUCUAAUACCGCAGCAGCAGCAGCUGCAGCAGCAGCUGCACCAGCAGCCCCAAACGCCGCCGCCACCGCAGCAGCAGCAGCAACUCCCGCCCCCGCAGCAGCAACAACAGCAACACCAGCCCCAGAGGUUGCAGCAGCAGCAGCAGCAAGAACAGCAGCAGCAGCUGUGGACAGACUAUGGUGGCUUAGCACACGCUCCACAUGUGCAUACGGCAAGCUUUGCUGCUGCUGCUGCUGCUGCUGCUGCUGCUGCUGCUGCUGCAUGCAGCAGCAGCAAAGCACCGCCCAUCAGCACACCCCCAAGAACGCCCCUCCAUCGGAAUCAGCAGCUGCAGCAGCAACACCAGCAGCAACAGCUGCAGCAACGACAGUUGCAGCAGCAGCAACAGCAGCACCAGCUGCUGCUGCAGCAGCAGGCCUCAAGCAUUAGGCAGCAUUCCCACCUGCGCACACCGCCAAAUCAACACACCAUCCCGCAGCAACAGCAGCAACAGCAGCAACAGCAGCAGCAACAGCAGCAGCAACAACAACGACAGCAGCAGCAAGAACGGCAGCACCAGGCAGCAUCUGGUGCUUGCUUGCCUCGAAGCCAGCCGCUUAUUAAACAUUCCCCACAGCAACUAAGGCAUGCGCAGCAGCAGCAGCAGCAGCAGCAACAGCAGCAGCUGCUGCUGCAGCGGCAGCAGCAGCAACAACAGCAGUUGAAAGGAUCUUACCAGGGGCAGCAGCAAGAACGGCAGCACAGGGAACUGCAGCACCAGCCACAGCAGCAGCAGCAGCCGUUGCAGCAGCUGCAGCACUCACAGCAGCAGCAGCCGCAGCAGCAGCAACAGCAGCAGCAGCAACCGCGGCCGCAGCAGCAACCGCAUAAUAUCCAGCAGCACAUCCAGCAAAGCAGUGGGAAACAGCAGCAGCCGCAUCAGCAGCAGCUGCAGCAGCAGCAGCAACAACAGCCGCAGCAGCAGCAGCAGCAACAGCCGCUACAGCAGCAGCAACAACAACAGCCGCUGCAGCAACAGCCGCUGCAGCAGCAGCAGCUCCUGUUGCCACUGCCUUCAUCCUCGCAGCAGGACGAGCUGCUGGCUGCAUGCGACAUUCUCUAUGGUGCUGCAGAAGCCCUGCAGCAGCAGCAACAACAGCAGCAACAUCAGCAACAGCAACAGCAACAGCAGCAGCUGCAGCAGGAACAACUGCCGAAACGGAGACGACUCUCCUCACCCGCAGCAGCAGCAGAGGCUGCAGCAGCAGCAGCAGCAGACACAUCAACAGCAGCAGCAGACACCGCAGCAGCAGCAGCAGCAGCAGACAUCGUUGCAGCAGCAGCAGCAGCAGCAAAUGCUGAUUUUCUGGAGUGGAGUCUUGAGGACAUUGGGGAUCAGUGUGAUGCUGCUGCCCCUUCUGCUGCUGCUGCUGCUGCUGCUGCGGUUGCUUGUGAAGGCACCACAGCAGCAGCAGCAUCAGAACAGCAGCACCAAGACGAGCUGCUGCUGUGGCUUGAUGACGCUGACGCAGCAGCAGCAGCAGCAGCAGAUUUAUCAGUGCCCGCACCAGCAGCAGCAAAUGCAGCAGCACCGAUGGUAGGGACGUCAGCACAUCAUCAGCAGCAGGAACAUCAACAACAGCAACAGCAGCUGCAGCAGCGGCUGGGGGGCUCUCCAGGUGCAGCAACGGCAGCAGCAGCAGCAGCAGCAACAGCAGCAGCAGCAACAACAGCAGCAGGAUUCAACGAGGUGUCUCCUCGGAUUGGGUUUUCUUUUGCUUCAGGCCGCAGCGCUGCGGUGAGUGCUGAGGCCCUCGCCAAGGCACGCGCUUUGCUGCAGGACGACCUUGACAGCAGCAGCAGCAGCAGCAGCAACAGCAGCAGCAGCAACAGCAGCAGCAGCAACAGCAGCAGCAACAGCAGCGUUGCAGCAGCAGGUGGAGCUGGUCCUGUUGGUGGCUUCAUCUUUGCUUCCGGAAAGAAGGCAGCAGUCAGCGAUGAGGCCCUCGCCAAGGCACGCGCCCUGCUGCAGCAAGAUGAUGACAGCAGCAGCAGCAGCAGCAGCAGCAGCAGCAGCAGCAAUGUUGCUGCAGCAGCAGCAGCAGCGCAGCCAAUGCUCGGUUUCUCCUUGGCCUCAGGCGCGCCUGUUCGUGUCAGUGAAGAGGCCCUGCUCAAAGCAAGAGCUUUGCUGCAGCAGGAUGAAGGCAGCAGCAACAGCAGCAGCACCACCUGCUGCAGCAGCGACGGUGAUGCCGCAGCAGCAUCAGCAGCAGCAGCAGCAACUGAAGAUCGCGCUGCUGUUGGCUUCUCCUUUGCCUCCGGCAGAAAAGUGCAUAUCAGCCCCCAGGCUCUGGCGAAAGCUCGCAACCUGCUGCUGCAAGACGAGGACAGCAGCAGCAGCAGCAACAGCAGCAACAGCAACAGCAGCAAUAGCAGCAGCAGUAGCGGGACGCUCGUUAUAGGGGGCGAUUGCACUGCUGCUUCCGGGAAAGCAUCAUCAGCUCAACCACGCAGCACCGUGCAGCUGCAGCAGCACGGAGACAGCAGCAGCAGCAGCAACAGCAGCAGCAGCAGUACAGCUUCCCCUGCAGCAGCAGCAGCAGCAGCAAGUGGUGCUGCUCAGUUUGGAGGCUUUUCGUUUGCUUCCGGCAGAAAAGUGCAGAUCAGUCCGCAGGCUCUGGCGAAAGCUCGCAGCCUGCUGCUGCAGCAAGAAGAAGACAGCAGCAGCAGCAGCAGCAACAACAACAACAACAGCAGCAGCACACCGGAUGCAGCAGCACAAUCAGCAGCACCUCAAACCCUUCCUGCUGCGGGAUUCGCCUUCGCCUCAGGCAGGAAAGUUACGCUCAGCCCUGAAGCACUUGCAAGGGCCCGCAGUCUGCUGCUGCAAGAUGCAGACAGCAGCAGCAGCAGCAGCAGCGGGUGCAGCAGCAGUAGCAGCAGCGGGUCCAGCAAUCCUGCAGCAACGAGCUCUGCACCGGCGGCAGCAGCACCAGCAGCGCUUCCAUCACUACCAGCUUCGUCUCCAGCAUCAGCACCAACAGCAGCAGCAGCACCAUCAGCAGCAGCAUCAGCAACAGCAGCAGCAGCAGCAGCAGCAGCAGUGCAGAAGCUGCCAUUUGCUUCGCGGCGAGUUGCAGCAGCAGGGGGUUUGCUGCCGCAACAAAUGCGGCUGAAGGGCCCCAGCAGCAAGUCGUUCAAGCCCCCCAAAAGGCUUGCAACAGCAGCAACAGCAGCAGGACCAGCAGCAGCAAAUGCAGCAUCAGCAGCAGGAGCGGCUGCUGCAGCAGCACCCGCUGCUGCAUCAGCAGCAGGGAACAUGAGAGGCCCCUCAACUGCAGCAGCAAACCCCAAGCCGCCUUCUCUGCUCAGUCGCCGUCGGCUGCAUGAAUUGUGGUGUCUCUACAGCUACCCUGUCUCUCACCCUCCCCUUGCUGCUGCUGCUGCUGCUGCUGCUGGGGACCCUGCAGCAGCAGCAGCAGCAAGGAGUGAGGAGCUGCUGCAGCGGGGGGGCUGGACGUAUGCGUUAGAUUGUGGGGGCCCCUCAAGCGACCCGUCGCGCUGCUGCUUCGACGCUGCAGCAGCUUUUAUUUGCUGCUGGCCCGGGCUGCAGGGACAGCUGCUGCUGGGGGGUCCCACAGAGAUAUACCAGAUGUUCUGCUGCGCCCUUAGUGAGCAGCAGCAGCUGCAGCAGCAGCAGCAGCAGAGGGCUGACGGGCUGCAGCAAACGGCACCCCAGGCGGCGUUAUUCAAAGGCGCGGCAGCAGCGCGUUUCACUUCCACUUGCAGCAGCAGCAGCAGCAGCAGCAGCAACAGCAGCAGCAGCAGCAGCAGGAGGGAUCUGUCUCGUUUUGACCGUCGUUGGUUUCUACAUCAUUUUCGUUUGCUGGUGUUUUGGCGCUGCCUCAAAUGGAGACAGAAAUAUGCAUUGAGCUGCAUGCGGGGGGCCCCCCCCUGUCCCCCAGACCCGCUGCUGCUGCUGCAGCUGCUGCUGCAGCGAGCAGCAAAAGAAGCAAGUGGAUGGAGGUCCCCGCUGCGCCGCGUCUGUGAAGGAGACACUUCUGCUGCUUCCCCGUUGGCCCUGGGAGUCUUAGGCUUCCGUUGUCUCCACCCACAGCAGCAGCAGCGGCAGCAGCAGCUGCUGCAGCAGCAGCAGCAGCACCUUGUCUCCGAGGUGCUGCUGACAGAUGGUUUCUAUUGGAUAUGCGGCAAGACUCAAGACUGGUUUAUUGCUGCUGCUUUGGGGCGGCUGCUGCGCGCGCAGCGUGCAGCAGGGACAUACAACAGCACAGCAGCAGCAGCAGCAGCAGCAGGAGACAGAGUGCAGCAGAAGAGUUGGGGGCCUCCGCCAAUGCGCAUGAAGCGUUUGCUGCUUCAAGGAGCGCAGCUUGGCGGCAACCGCGAGGGGUACUGUCCGCUGGAGGCCCCUGAUGAGGGUUUGCUGCUGCUGUCCAGCAGCUGCUGCUGCAGUUUGUCUCCUUCUCUUCCUAAGGGGUUGGGGCUGCUGCGUCUCCCCCGCUAUAUACCGCUGCCGCUGAGGGCCUUAACGCCGAACGGAGGGACAGUCCCUCUUGUAGAUGUGGUGGUGCUGCGUGUGCUGCCGCCCCACUGCCUGCUGCAGCAGCAGCAGCAGCAGCCGCAGCAGCAGCAGCAGCAGCAGCAGCGGCCUUUGCUGCUGUCCCUCCAGGAUGGAGAAGCAUGGAGGCGCCAGAAGCAACAGCUUCUCCAUGCUGCUCAAGAGGGGCCCCUUGCUGCAGUUGCAGAGCAGCUGCAGCACCGCCGUGAAGAGUGCGCAGCAGCAGCACAGCAGCAGCAGCAGCGGCAGCAGCAGCAGCAGCAAAAGCAGCAGCAGCAGCAGCAGCAGCAGCAGCAGGAGGACGACGAUGAGGACGUAUGGGAAGCAGCUAAGGAACUCGCUAGGGAGCAAGAGAGACUACUGGAACAGUUUGCUGCUGAUGCUGCUGCAGUGCAGCAGCAAAUCAGACAUCAGAGCCGUCUCCUCGUCAUUGACGCCUUGCUGCUGCAGCAGACAGCAGCAGCAACAGCAGCAGCAACAGCAGCAGCAGGAAGCAAGGGCUGUUGCCGUUUGGAUGAGAAUAAACAGCCCAACGAGUCCUUUGAGUCAUGGGUAUUUCAAGAGCAGCAGCAGCAGCAGCAGCAAAACAAGCCCCUGCUGCAGCAGCUGCGAAGAGCCCUCGCCUUCGUGCAUUUGCCUUGGGCUGAGGAGACAAAGGAGACACUAAAAGAGGGACAGCGGCUGCGGCUGCUGAACCUGCGCGUGGGGGGCCCCCCUGUGCUGCAGCGGCCUCUUUCUGCUGCUGCUUCUGGUGCUCCUGCAGCAGCAGCAGCAGCAACAACACCUGCUGCUGCUGCUGCUGCGUUUGCGGGAGGAGGGGUUACAGGGCAGCAGCAGUUUGCUGGAGAAGCAGAGACGGUUCUUCAGCUAGAAAGGAGACGCAGGGAGACAGCAGCAGCAGGAGCGUUUGUGUCUCCUCUUCGGCUGUAUGCAACAGCAAGGACCUGCACUGAGGCUGCAGGCGUCUCUCCCCUUCGCCCUGAGCUGCUAAUCCAGCAACUGCAGCAGCAGCAGCAGCAGCAGCAGCAACAGCAGCAACAACAACAGGUAGUGCCCCCUCAGGCGUUGCCGCUGCUGCUGCGUCUCCCUGUCUUAUCUGAGAGUCAUCUAAUUGCUUGCGGCUUUGGGCCCCACACGUUGCAAGGGCGCAGCAGCAGCAACGGGGAAGCAGCAGCAGCAAUAGCAGCAGCAGCAGCAGGAGCAGCAGAAGAAGCAACAGGCAGCAGCACGAUAGACUGGGUGUCUCCUUUCUGGGGGCUUGAUGUCACAGGGGGGCCCCUCAUGUGUCUCCCCCCAGGGGCCCCCGAGGCCCUAGGCCUUACGCGGGGUCUCCUCUAUGACGUUGUGGGUUUGCUGCUGCACCUGCAGCUGUCUCCUCCUGUGCAGGGACAGGAGACACCUUCUUCUUGUGUCCAGGGAGCAGCAGCAGCAACAACAGCAGCAGCAGCAGAAGGAGCAAUCUAUUUGAUGACGGGGGGCCUCCAAAUCUGCUGCAUCCGCCUCAGCAGCAGCGCAGGAGGAGCAGCAGCAGACCUCAGUGUCUCCCCUCUUGACAGGUUCUUAAAGCCUGCUGUUGCUGCACUGGAGGAGCAACAGCAGAAACAGAAGGAGCAGCAGCAGCAGCAGCAGCAGCAAGAACAGAUUUGUGCAUGCAUAGAAGGAGCGGAGUUUGAGCGGUAUGAUGCUGCUGCUGGCUUCUGGGUCUUCAGGGGACAGAUACCCCUGCUGCAGCUGAGAGUCGGUGCUGCUGCUGCUGCUGCUGCAGUGCAGCCGCUUCUAGCAAAGGAAGCACAGGCCUUGCAGGCAGCAGCAGCAGCAGCAAAGAGUGGUGCUGCAGCGCUUGCAGUUCCCUCUGCAGCAGCAGACGCAGAGGAUCCCGCGCCAUCUGCUGCUGCUUCUGCUGCUGCUGCAGCUGCUGUUUCCCUGAUGGCUGCAGCAGCUGCAGCGCAGCACCGCGUAUUGCAGGUGACUCUUGCUGCUCGCAGCUUUUAA